UUUUUUUUUUUUUCUUUCGCUCGUUGUCUGAGUUUUCUCCUCUUUCAAGCUGUCGCUUCGCUGCUCUCGAUUGCAGCUGCUGCCAUUGCUGCGCGCCACAGCAACGCCACUGCUCGCCGCCGCUGCUGCACCCCACCGACCCCUCUCAUCAUCAUCCUCAUCAUCAUCGCUCUCAUCAUCGCUCUCAUCACUGCCAUCCGCUCGUCAGUCGCAGGCGUCGUCGCAUCGCAGCCAGUCUUCUUCACUCUCAGCAAUCAACAACAACGCGCCGCAUUUCCCGUCUUGGCGACACCGCUACCCCUACUACUCCAGCCGAGCAACACACACGAUGGCAAGCACUUCAUCCGCAGCUCAAGUCCAAGGCUCAGCGGCGGCGGCAGCGCGGGACGACAACUUCAUCCCAAAGCCGACGGUUCUGACGUCGAUUGCCGACAGCGAGCUCGUCCAGCCAGUGCGACUGCCCGACGGCCGCUUUGACAACCCGUUCUCGACAUGGGCCCAGCGCGGAUUCACCGACGUCUUCAAGUGGAUGCUCGGUGGCAAGCGCUCCUCGCCGAGCGUGCCCAAGACCGCAGCCGAGCUCGACCGCACGCUGCCAAUCCUCCGCCCGGACUUUGCCGCGCUGGCCAAAGUUCCGCAGGCAGACGCGACGCAGGUCAUGUGGGUCGGACACGCGUCCGUGCUCGUUCAAUUCGACGGCGUCACUGUCAUCACCGACCCGGUCUUCUCGCACAGGUGCGGUCCGACAAGGUUUACGGGACCCAAGCGCAUCCGCGAGCCGCCAUGCGCCAUUGCCGAGCUGCCCAAGGUGGACGUCGUGCUGAUUAGUCACAACCACUAUGAUCACCUCGAUCACGCUUCCAUCAUGCAGCUGCACCGCAACUUUGCUCCGACGUUCUAUGUCCCGCUUGGCAACGCUGCGUGGUUUCACUCGUGCGGCAUCCCCGCGGACAAGGUGGUCGAACUAGGUUGGUGGCAGGAACACCAAUUCAACGACAAGGUCAAGUUUGCCUGCACGCCAGUCCAGCAUUGGUGCCGCCGAGGCGCCACAGACAUGAACAAGGCUCUGUGGGGAGGCUGGGCCAUGCUCGGCGCUACCCAGCGCAUCUUUUUCAGUGGUGACACGGGAUACUGCGAAGCCUUCAGCCAAAUCGGCGCCAAGUACGGCGGUGAGCGUGGAUUUGACCUGGCGUUGAUUGCCAUUGGCGCCUAUGACCCAAGGUGGUUUAUGCGACCGCAACACAUCAACCCGGAAGAAGCAGUGCUGUUGCAUCAAGAGUUGCGCGCCCGCCGCUCGCUUGGCAUCCACUGGGGCACGUUUAUUCUGACGGACGAGCAUUACUUGGAGCCGCCAAAGCGCAUGGCGGAUGCUGCCAAAGCCGCCGGUCUCGCCGAUGAUGCAUUCUUUGUGCUCAAGCACGGUGAGGUCGUCACCGUCUGAUGACUCUGGUUACAAAGCAGAUAAAAGCAUUAUCUGGUCGAUAAACGAACGGCGAACGUUGUGAAAAAAACGUGGAUACCCAAUAAAAUUAAUACAAUACGAAAAACCAAA